AUAAUGAAAUGAUAUUAUUUAAUUAUAUUGAUAAUAUUAAUAAUAAUAGUGUUGAAUUAAAGUUGAAUUAGACUUUGAGUAUGAUUUGACUAUGAAUUAAUAACAAAAAUUAUAAACAAACCCACCCCUUAAUAAAAUAUUUACAUAAAUUGGUGGCAAUAUUUCACACUAGAAAUAUGUUUUAUUGUUUUGAGGGAACAAAAAAGUAAAGUUUAGCCGAUUUUUAUAUGAAAAAAAAAAAAAGGGAAAAAGAAAAAGAGAGAGCCCCCAAAAGCAGUGGGAGCUAACGAAAGCGAAGGACAUUCAAACAUUUGAACAACAGACCGCCAUGUCUUCACGAAUUUUCAUGCCCAAAAGAGAGAAGAAAAGAAAGUCCAUAAAAUCUCCGUCAAAUCUAAGGGUUAUGUGAGAUCCGAGAAUCUUGUGAAUCCUCGCCGGCGUCUAUUUUCAUGGCGGAGGCCAAACGCGUGUACCAGGUCUGGAAAGGGCGGAACAAAUUCUUCUUUGGUGGGAGGUGUAUGUUUGGACCAGAUGUUGGCUCAUUGUCGGUUACUUUGACACUUAUAUUGGCACCCGUCAUCAUCUUCUGUGCUCUGGUUGCAAGGAACCUUCUCCAUGAAUUUCCAUCACGAAAAAUCGGAUAUGCUAUUCUGGUAGUGCUCCUUUUGCUUUUGACUUCGGGUCGUGAUCCUGGAAUUGUACCACGAAACCCUUAUCCUCCGGAGGAAAUGUUAGGAUAUGAAUCACCAGCAUCUGUUGAAGUGAGUGAAUAUUUACAAAAACCACAAUAUCCUCGCACAAGAGAAAUAUUUGUCAACGGCCUUCCUGUGAGGGUUAAAUAUUGUGAGACAUGCAUGGUUUUUCGUCCUCCAAGAUGCUCCCACUGUUCAAUAUGUGAUAAUUGUGUUGAAAGAUUUGACCAUCAUUGCCCCUGGAUAGGUCAAUGCAUUGGGAAGAGGAACUACCGUUCUUUCUUUCUCUUCAUUUCUUCAUCAGCCCUUCUUUGUAUUAUGGUUCUUUCCACGUCUGUUCUGCACUUGAAAUUACGUGCAGAGAGUUAUGGGGCUUUUUGGAAGGCCAUGAAAGAGUCGCCAGCAUCCGUGGUGUUGAUAGCUUAUUGUUUUGUGCUAUUGUGGUUCAUUGGAGGCCUCACGGGCUUCCAUGUCUAUCUGAUGUGCUCCAACCAGACUACAUAUGAGAACUUCCGGCGUAGAUCGGAUUCGAGGAUCAACGUCUAUGAUCGAGGAUGCAAGAACAAUUUGCUUGAAAUACUUUUCGCAAAAACAGAACCCUCGAGAAUAAAGCUUCGUUCGUACAUUACCGAUCAAGAGGUAAUCAAUAGUGGGUCCUCAUACAGACCUCAAAAGAAUCGUUUAAGGGAGGAUAAAAGAGAAAAAGUAGAAGAAGAUGUCGAAAUAGGCAAUGACCUCUUAAAGAUAUCUCAACGUCGUGCUUCUGUUGACCUCAGUUAAUGGUUAUAAAUUAGGCCACUCUUUCGUGUUUGUGAAUUUUUUGAAUUUUUUAUAUGUGUAUUGUACCAUAUUUUUUUAUCAUGACGAUAUAAUUUCUUGCUGAUAAAGUGUGAAUGUUGAGGAUAAUGUGCUGAAUGAAAACAUGUACUGUGAAGGAUGGGUUUUGGUUGGCAGGUCAAUUUUUGGGGGUUGUUUAACAAAUUUUAUCUUCUGUGUUANCGAUUUAAAUUUGCUU